CUACUCAAGUCAGACCUCACAUGUCCAAACCACUUCAAAAUUUUGGAUCUCUCCCAAUGUCUACUCGCCUCAUUCUUCUCGUCUCCUUCGUUAGUCUCCUGUUACUCUGUUCGCUAUCUCCCUCCUUCUCGAAGGACCAAGAUGACAAAACCAAACCAGUAACUGAAGAAGAUGAUGAAGAUCUCAGCUUCCUCGAAGCCGACGACGACCAGAGUGCCGCCUCCCAGCUCCAGUACCCGGACUCGGACCAAUUUGACGAUGAAGAUGGAUCCGAUGCUGAAGAUUUCGAUAACUUCGGAGAUUUCGAUGGUUCGGAUGCGGAUCAGUACAAACAACCCGAAGUGGACGAGCAAGACGUGGUCGUUUUGAAGGAGGGGAAUUUCAGUGAUUUUAUUGAGAAGAACAAGUUUGUAAUGGUGGAGUUCUAUGCACCGUGGUGCGGGCACUGCCAGGCUCUGGCGCCGGAGUAUGCUGCGGCUGCUACAGAGCUGAAGGGGGAGAACGUGGUCCUCGCCAAGGUUGAUGCUACCGAGGAAAACGAGCUGGCUCAGGAGUACGAUGUGCAGGGUUUCCCUACUGUGCACUUCUUUAUCGAUGGAGUUCACAAGCCUUACCCUGGCCAGAGGACCAAGGAUGCUAUAGUAACCUGGAUUAAGAAGAAGACAGGACCUGGUAUUUACAACGUAACCACAUUGGAUGAUGCUGAACGUAUAUUGACUUCUGAAAGUAAAGUUGUUUUGGGCUACCUGAACUCUUUGGUGGGUCCAGAGAGUGAGGAGCUUGCUGCUGCUUCUAGACUUGAGGAUGAUGUAAAUUUUUACCAAACGGUGAAUCCUGAUGUUGCUAAGCUUUUCCACAUUGACCCCAAAGUUAAACGCCCUGCUUUGGUAUUGGUUAAAAAGGAGGCUGAGAAAUUGAGCUAUUUUGAUGGCCAAUUUGUUAAAUCCGAAAUAUCUGAGUUCACAUUUUCCAACAAGCUUCCAUUAGUGACUAUUUUUACCAGAGAAAAUGCCCCUUCAAUUUUUGAGAGUCCAAUAAAGAAACAGUUAUUGUUGUUUGCCACCUCAAACAAUUCGAAGAAUGUUAUCUCGGUGUUCCAAGAAGCAGCUAAACUUUUCAAAGGAAAGCUUAUCUUCGUCUAUGUGGAGAUGGAUAAUGAAGAUGUUGGAAAGCCUGUAUCAGAUUAUUUUGGUAUUACUGGGGAUGGUCCAAAAGUUCUUGCAUACACAGGAAAUGAUGAUGCUAAAAAAUUUGUACUUGAGAAGGAAGUAACCUUGGAUAAUCUUAAGGCUUUUGGCGGGGAUUUCAUUGAAGACAAGCUUAAGCCGUUCUACAAAUCAGAUCCAAUUCCUGAAACUAAUGAUGGGGAUGUGAAAAUUGUGGUUGGGAAUAACUUUGAUGAAAUUGUUUUAGAUGAGUCGAAGGAUGUCCUCCUUGAGAUAUAUGCACCAUGGUGUGGGCACUGCCAAUCACUAGAGCCUACAUAUAACAAGCUUGCGAAACAUUUACGUGGUAUAGAGUCCCUUGUUGUAGCAAAGAUGGAUGGAACAACAAAUGAGCAUCCCCGGGCUAAGGCUGAUGGGUUCCCGACACUUCUGUUCUUCCCAGCUGGGAACAAAAGUUUUGAUCCUAUCACUGUUGAUGCUGAUCGUACUGUGGUGGCAUUUUACAAGUUCCUCAAGAAACAUGCAUCAAUUCCAUUCAAACUCGAAAAGCGAGCUUCAACUCCAAAGCUGGAGAGUUCUGAAGUGAAAGAGGCUUCUGACAGUAGCUUUGAUGACGUGAAGGAUGAAUUAUGAGGAUUUUUACUAGUUCGCUAAUUUAUGCCUUGCUAGCUGCUACCUAAAUGCUAGAGGAAUGGUGUCAGAUAGAGGGUGAUAUGAUGAAGAACACCAGACGAGAACCUGUCUCAGAAAUUUUCGCCUGGGUGAGCAAGAGAAAGGAGGUGUAUUAGCUUUCAAGAACUGUUUGUGGUUGAGAAUUUUACUUAUAGUUUGUUUGUUUGUUUUUUUUUUUUUCUGGCCAGUUGUUUUGCUUAUAAUUUAAUAAAAUGCUUCUUCCUUGUUUCUUUGCAUGCAUGUAUUGGAGUCUGAUAAUUUACCAGAUGUUGUGUGGUUAGCGUUCUUCCUAAUUGACAGAUUGAAUGCUGCUCUGAUUGAUUAGGAUCUACAAUCUUCUCGUAUUAA